AUGGAUGACAGCGAAGACUUGAUCGAGGAUGAUUACGAUUCGUAUGACGAAUUGUUUACCCAACACUUUACUAAUGAUGAUAUCUCGCUACUUGACGGCACGGGGGCGACGUCCAUUGCGAGGAAUACGCAAAGCCAGCAGAUCCAAAAGCCCGUGAGCGCCACCAAACGCUUUCUUUUGCCGUCAAAGUCGUCUCCGCAUCCUGGCUCCUCAGCCCCUCCCAAGCCGACCAAGGAGGAUUUGCCCUGGGCACAGAGAUAUGCUCCGCUAGACUUAGAGGAGCUGGCAGUCCACAAACGCAAGGUGCGGGAUGUAGAGCAGUGGCUGGACGAUGCGCUUGCAGGACGGCCUCAUAGGGGCAUUCUCGUCCUCAAAGGACCAUCGGGCAGUGGGAAAACAACUACCAUAAAAUUGUUGGCGGACAAGCUAAAGUACAACAUAUUAGAAUGGAGAAUCCCAGCAGUCUCCGAAUAUGCGACCAAAGGCUAUGUUUCUCUGGGAGCCCAGUUUGAUGACUUUUUAAACCGUGGCCAUACUUUCGGUAGCCUUGAUCUGGAUGGUUUCGAUGGCACCGAACCCUCCCAGAGUCCCAGAGGGCAGGAGUCUUCGCGGCGUAUAAUUCUCAUUGAAGAAUUCCCUACAUUGACAGGUCGGAACGCCUCUGUUCUAGCCGCUUUCAGAUUGUCCCUAUUGCGACAUAUCUCUGAUGCGCGACGGAAUUCGAACAGGGAGAUUGGGGUACCGCCUAUCGUGAUCGUCGUCUCCGAGACAUUUUCCAAUACAGAUUUCUCAUUUGAUAGCCUCACAGUCCACCGGCUACUCGGACGGGAAAUCUGCCAUCAUCCCAGCACGAGGAUCAUCGAGUUCAAUAGCAUUGCGCCGACUAUCAUGCACAAAGCUCUAGGGCUAGUUGUUAAGAAGAGCGCCCGCAACGCCAAGGCAUUGGCGUCUACCUUGGAAAGUCUCUCCCAAACAGGGGAUAUCCGGAACGCAAUCGCCUCCUUGGAAUUUGUUCUAGGUAGUGGGAACCAAGGAUCUCAUCAAGGAUUUCAAACAAAGACCUCAAGUCGAAUGCACAGAAAGGCAAACACGUCUGUCAGUGACACACAAAUCUCCCAAAGAGAAAGCAGCCUUGGUUUAUUCCAUGCAGUCGGGAAAAUUGUGUACAACAAAAGAAGCCAGCGGCCUGAUACCAAGCAGUCGCGGUUGCAUCUCCUGGAACUUGACCGACCCGAGGUUUCUGAAGUCCAUGUCAAUAAACUGUUUGAGGAGACCGGAACGGACAUUCAAUCUUUCAUCAGUGCCCUGCACGAGAACUAUGUCCCAUCCUGCAACGGCCCUUCGUUUACAGAGUCUUUGGACAACUGCAUAGAUGCGUUAUCGGACAGCGACCUGCUUUGUACGGACCGCAAAGGUGUCAAUAGGUCCCGGACUGGUUUCGGUGUCAGUUUUGUCAAACUUGGGUCAGGCGUUGACAUCCUACGGCAGGAGGAGCUAAGUUAUCAAGUGGCUGCUCGUGGCUUACUCUUCUCGCUUCCUUUUCCUGUAAGGCGGCAUCAACAGGACUCAAAGGGGGCAAGCUUGCCGCACAAACUAUCAUUCCCCCCCGUUUAUAGACUCCAACGUCAUAUGGAAGAGGCGCAAGCUGCUCUAGACCAGUGCAUUGGCGCCUUGAUGGCCUCGUCCGCCCGGCCUACGGUCUCGAGUCGCGCAGAGAGUAGUAGUUUUGAUGACGACGCGACGGCAAUGACCAUGUCAUCUCGCAACGACCUGUUGCUUUACCAACUACCAUUCAUGUCAAUGAUUUCUUGUGCCGGCGCAUAUCCAGAGGGCCUCGAAAGAAUUACUACUUUUUCCACAUUGAAGGAUGGAAAUGCAGGCCCAAGCUCUCAGAAUGACGAACCUUCGGCUUGGGGGUCCCUUUCGAAGUCUAAACGUGAUCCUCUGAGCUUGGGCGACGAGCAGCUUAUUCUCAGCGAUGACGAGAUAGUAGACGAUGGCCCAUGA